CAACGUAAGGUUAAUUAUUAUCUUAAGUUAUUUUAAUGGGACGUACUCCGAAUCCAGCUCAGCUCCCUCUGCACGCUCAUUUCAUUCUCUUGGGAUCAAAUCUUCAUUCAUCCUCACCUCACUCUCCUUUAUGCCAUUAUCUACGUGAUACAGGGACUGAAACAAUCCCUUGUUCCUUUGACGUCAACUCACUCAUUUCAUUUUUUUCAUUGUUGCCUUACGGAUUCUGUUCAAAAACUGAGCUCAUGCCAUGGCCAUCUUCGCGUCUUCAGCUGUACGCCUACUCAUCGGCCUAACAGUCGCACUCACCUUCAUCGCCUUCUUCACACCAACAGGCUACGUACCAGACGUCGCAUUAUCAUUCAGGAUGCCAGCUGCACUUAAAAGACUCGACGUCUCCAUUUCUCAAGAGGAGAAAGAUCCUGUUCUCAUCCGCGCAGCCGUCACAAACAACAAUGAUGAGCCCGUCACUAUUCUCAGCUACGGCUCACCCUUGGACCCCUUGGGCAUUUCUCUUGGCAUUCUCUACAUCACGCCAAAGGGCGACAGCAAACCACUUGACAUCAUGCAGAUUGAAGCCUCACGACUCUGGCCGCCUGCUGAUGAUGCUCUAAUUGAGAUUCUGCCUGGCCGAUCGGCCAUUUGGGAAUUCACCCUCCAGGAACCUGUUGUUCCGAUGGACAAGGUGUUUGAGGGCGCGACGGUGCAGCUCAAGGGGACGUGGAAUGCUGUGUGGACAAAGGAGAAGAAGAAUGUUGACUACACAUCAUUCGAGGAGGGCACACCAGCAAACGAGACUCUAACAGGGCCAUUCAAGUCAAACGUCAUCGACAUUGAAGUCGCAUAAACAUGAAUUGUACCAUCAUUGUUGUUAUUAUUAUUGGCGUUUGGGGGGCAUGAUUAAUUGGUUCACUUGUCUCUACGUUAGAUGACUAGAGUGACUGAUGGGUUAAUUGGAAGAGAAGCAAGGGGCGAAAAUAUUUUUAUUAGAAUACAUAUAAUCCAACCCAACAAGCAAAGCAAGCAUUCUUUAUGUCUCCCUGAAAUACCUGCAGUCAGCCUUU